UGCAGUCUUUGUGAAGAUAUACAGUACUCUACUUUAUUCUUACAAAAAUGCAGAUGUCAUUCCACAUCGGUGAAAAUGAAGUUAUAUUGUUUCACACAUGGCAUCCGUGGAAUUGGGAGGAGCUUGGAUGGUCGAUGUUUGGAAUUGCUCUUUUGACAUGUAUAUACGAAGGCAUAAAGAGCUAUCGUGACCAUUUGUUCAUCAAUGUAGCACGUUCAAGGAAAACUGAGGGAAAAAGAUCUAGAAUAUCAUUGCUCUUUUCCAGAAUACAUAUUCUUCAAACAGUCGCCCAUACUCUACAACUGGUGAUAGGGUAUUGCCUUAUGUUAAUUUUUAUGACUUACAAUAUUUGGCUGUGCCUUGCUGUAGCAGUCGGCGCGGCCCUUGGUUAUUGGCUGUUUGCUUGGGAAAAGUCCAGUGGUGAUAAUAUCGAUUGCUGCUUGUAAAUUCUAUACCAUACGCAUGUUGUACCAUAAUUCUAACUAUCGUUAUAUCUUUCGUAAAAAUUACGUAUC